AAUAUAUUGAAAAACACGCAAAACGCACGCAAAAACAAAAUAAAAUAUGGCUCUUUUCCGUACAGGACUGAGGUGUUUUACUUCAGGAAAUUUGCAAGUGCCUUUAAAAUAUCUGCGUAAUACAUAUGCAUCUGUUGAAAAAGUGACUCACACUGGACAGAAAUAUGAUGAAGAUGAUUGGAAGAAAGUUCGUUUUAUAGAUGGCAUAAAGCUGGUGAAUGAUAAUAUUGCUGCCAAACUUAUAGAUGAGAUACCACCUAAAGAAGUUUCGCAAAGAGUAAUUUCUUGUGAUGGUGGAGGCGGUGCAUUGGGACAUCCAAAGGUGUUCAUCAACUUGGACAAACCUGGAGCUCACGCGUGUGGCUAUUGUGGCUUAAGGUUUAAAAAGAAAGAACACCAUUAAUUAUCCGUUUAAAGUGUUUAGUAAAUAUGCAUCGAUUGCUGUUGCUAUGGUUAACGCUUUCAGUUUUUGCUAAAAAAAAAACUAUUUUACUGUGCUCAAAAAAUUUGUAAAGAUUUUAUGUAAGCACUUUUUAUAAGAAUCAAGUAGGGUAAAA